AUGAGCGAGCGCGGUUCGGAGAUUGUGUUUCGGGCGGAGAACAUUCCGAUCCGCUUCUUCAAAGCAUGCCGGUGGUGUCGUAGGCAGAAGAUGCGCUGUGAUGCGCGUACACAAGUACCCUGCUUUCGCUGUCGCUCGACUGGUCGUGACUGUAUCCUCGACCCUAUUGAAGAUGCCAGACGUCGCAGUGACCGUCGAAGGAAGACUACAACGCCCGCGCGCGGCCCCGCAGUGACUUCGCCACUUGAUCAGAGAAGCGGGCUUCAUACUCCUAUAUCAAGGGAGCAAGAGUAUUCCCCAAUUGCGGGAGGCGAUGCUAGCUUUGAUGCCUCGAUUGAUUCACUGCCCAACUCAUCGGCAUUUGGUGACUUGCGUCGGUCUCAAACUGUUGAUCAGCAUGGACCGGAAUCGCAGCAGCUAAGUCCUAAUGACAUGAUUGCUCCAGCGUCAGCGGUUCAUUCCAUGUCUGUGAACCUCCUCGACAAUAACCAUAUUUUUUUAGACAAUUCAUCUAAAGGUGAUGGAAGAGGCGAUAUUAUUGCUCGUGGUAUUGUCAGUGAAGAAAAUGCUAGAGUGAUGUACGAAAGAUUUGUUGGCGGAAGCAAGAAUUUCUUGCCGCUAUUUGACCCAAUACGUGACACGUUCGACUCUAUUCGAUCACGUUCCCUGUUUUGUUUCACAGUGAUAAUCUAUCUUGCGAGUCGAGCCGUGAUGGAUUUGCGUGGCGACACACAUAUGCAGCGUGUAUUGCAGGACGAAUCGCAGAGACUCGCCGAAGACAGCUUUUUUGAACGGCCUACCAAACUUGAGACUGUGCAGGCGAUGAUCCUUCUAGCCGCCUACUCGGAGAAAACAUGGUUCUCCACCGCGCUCAUUUUGCGCACUGCUUUGGACUCGGGCUUGGAGAAAUCGCUCGAUACGUUGUUAUCUCAAGAGACUCUUCCUCGCAGUUCACUCUCUGCCUCAAUGGCAGAACGUCAGUUGGUGUGGGAGGUACGGACGUGGCUCAUUAGUUUCACGCUAGAACUGGAUGUUGCGUCUGGGACAGGCCGAAAAUCUCGCAUUGGCGAGGUUGAUGUCAUGAAACUUCGAAGAUUUCUAGACUACCCUCUCUCAUUACCUUGUGAUAUGCGCACAGUAUGCAUUAUUGAGCUUCAUCAGCUUCGAGGGCAUUCGCGCAUUGUAAUUGACAAUUCAGGCUCGAUCCGAGAAAUAGUAUCAACAGAACUACCAACAAUCAUGACGAAGCUACAGAACUGGUGGACUACAUGGGAUGAAAUCCACAACAACAACGGCUUUCAUGCUGGCGCUUUUCAGCGAAGCAGCCUGAAGCUCAUGCUGCUCUAUGCGAGGAUAUUUGUCCUCUGUGCCUCUUUGGCUCGCAUUCAAAAAUUACAGCCGGGGUCCUCCAACUUUGAGUCUGAGGGAAUCGACCAAAAUGUCAUGAGCCUAUGGCAAUCCCUGGUUGCAACGAUCAUGGACCAGCUAGCGUUCUUGAUUGGCGAACCGGCCUAUCGAUGUCAAUUUCCAUGGGCACCAACAUACCCUGCAUUGACAGUUGCCUUUGUCACUACCUUUGCACUUCGAAUCGCUCGCUGGCGUCCUAAUCUCAUAGAUCAAGAUCUUCUUCUCGAGAGAGCUGAAAAGAUUUGCGAUUUCCUGAAACAGCCACCAUACCCCGAUAUCCACCGCACAGUUUCUAUCUUCGUCAAUUAUGCUCGCGCUCUCAUUGCUAGUCAGCGCCCCCUCGGCAAUGAUCGACAGAGCAAUGGCAGUACAGAACCAACUCACAUGUCCGAGCAAGGCGAUGGGCACGUGCCUCCAUACAGGGGUCCGGACAGUCCCAUGCAGAAUGCCCCUCCUUUGGCACCACUUGAGGAUACUCGAUACAGAGGCGGCACGACCAUCCCGAGUGACAAAGACUCAAAUAUGGUUCCAAUGCCAGGUGGCGAUGUAGCUGCAACAACCAGACCGCCUCUCCCAAGGCUGCCUGACACUAUGGAUGCCCCUACUUGGACGAUUUCCAAUUCCAUUGCAGACUCAUUCGGGCUCUUCGAGGAGGGUCAGAAUGAUAUCUUUGACUUUUUGCCUAUGAUGCCUUCUUUGCCUUGA